CUGUCCUAUGAAAAACUAACUAAUCAAACGGAAUGAUAUAAUAUUAUAAUCUUAAAGCAUUACUGUUUCGAAAUCUUUACUAGUCUGUCUCUUAACAAAUCAGUUGAAAGUCGAAUGUUCUUAAUUGGACACCAAGAACGAUAAAUAUUUAGUUUUUGGGAGGCAUAUUUAAACCGAAGGCAGCAUUAUAAUAAAACUACUAACAUUUAUAGGUGCUUUAAUGCACCUGCUGGAUUUAGUCCGGGUUGAUGUACAAAAGAGACAGAAGAUGAAGCAAAUUCUGUUUUCCCUCCUGGCAUACUUUAUCUUAGCAAGAGGCCGAGUGCUUCUGGAUACUAUGGAUGAGGGACUUAUGAAUUAUGAAGAAGAUAACAGCUUUGCCCAACUUCAGGUAGGUAUUUUCUUUGUUCAGUAAGUAUGUGCAUGUCCCAUCAUUAAAAUCAACGCGCACUUUGUGCAAGUGCGCUCGGCAUAGUAUUAAUGCAACCAGGAAUAGCCACAUUCGAAAUUGGAAACCAAAUCUCUGUGGGAUCCGAGAAAUCUGCAACAGAGCGAAGCGCAACAGAUCAAUGUCUGCCAUUUUCUUUUCUGCUGUGAAAUUUCCUUAAUCAAUUACGAUAGGUACACCAUCAUACGCCGGACCACCCUGUGGGGACGAAUACCUACUUAUUAAGACUACCUUUUUCCUAGCCCGAGCAACGUCGGUCACGUCAUGGUUAAUCCGACUACCCGGCUGUUAUUACGACAAAGGACGACCAAAGGUUAUGUUCUUUCAAUUCGACCAGUUGAAUGCUUGUUGCGAACAAAUAAAGCAGUCAAUCUGGAGACUACCAGUACAAAUUUGGCUUUGAAGUCGCUUAAAGUUCGUAAAUGAUCAUAAUCAGCAGAGUGAUAUGGCUGACUCCAACACACUCUUUGUCAUCAUAGAGACAUAGUUUACGUGAGAAGACUUUCACAAUGCCAAUCCCAAUCCCGUUCGUAUUAACUGGGUUCGACUUUUUGCCUCUGGUCGCUUCGUUUUAACAGCCAGAUAGCAAUUCUUAAAUUACUUGUGGCAAGCAUUAUAUGUGAGUGUUUCUUGCUGUAUAGUUCUAAAGCGGUGUGACACUGACCAUCGCGCUUUCAAAUGCUUCACUUGAUUUUAGUCUUAACACCUUAGUCCUUAGAAUUGUUUUCUACUUUGAGACCUUUUCUUAUAAAUGCUUUAGUUGCUAUGAAACACUCAGUUGACGAAUUCGCAAUGCGAAGUUUAAAUCGCCUUUUUGUUUGAAGUUUUCUUACUGCAACAACACUACGCCAAGAAGCGUGACAGCUUCUGAUAGUCAAAACGAAUGAAUCAUAGUUAUGCACUGAUAAGACACUUUUCCAAUAACUAUGUUAACCAUGUAAUUUGUUUGAUCAAAAAUCAUGGCCGAAGCCGAAUAAGAAUGGGCGGGGAAAAAGGUAUGAUUAUUUUACACAGAAUUGUCUUUUAGAUGUGUAAUUCCCAUGCGGAUUGCCAAGAGGAUGAAUGCUGUAACAUAGACAGGCUCCUGAGCUUUUGUUACGCAAAACCUAAGAAGAACCAGCCCUGUUCAAUCAAGGUAUGUCACCCACAUCAUCGCCAAUAAUCAGUGAUUUUAGCAACAUGAAUGAUCACAUGUUUCAAAUCAGGUCCUCAGCAGGCAACUCACUUCCGUCAAAAUCUGCAUUUUGUUUUGUGUCCAGUUUAUUAGCAGUUAUUGGUUUGAAUUUUAUUGGAGGAUUCUCAAGUGAGAACUGCCACAAUACCUAAAAACCUGACAACUAUUUGAGCCUUAACAAACAGAAGUGACAAAAUGAGCCUAGCCUAAAAGGGGAGCUAGCGAAAAAAGCUGACCAUUCAUUUGCAAGGAAACACAUAGAAAUGUUUACUCCAAACAACAUUCAAGUUAAAUAAGCUGCUGUUACACUAACCAUAUAUUCCCUUGGAUAAUGACUCUUGCCCACGCGCGACAGAUUCUUUUUGUACCACCGAUCUUCCCUGCAGAGUGAAAUUGCCCCGUCACGGCGCGGAAAAUGUUUCCCAUUGGUAGGUUACCAGUUUUUAUUACCCAUGGUGCUUAGCUGCUUGCUUUGCGCGUGGAGCUCCACUAUCACGUUCAAUAAAAGUUGAACAAACAAUAUUGUAGUAUUGAUUUUACUGCAUGUGAGGAAAAAGGCAACAGUAAAGUUAGCAAAGGAAAAUGGAUAAUCUUUUCUCUUGUUUUGCAGUCAACGUGUGAUUGUGCUCCUGAACUGGUCUGCAAGUUAUACAGGGAUUUUGGAAACUCUGAGAAGUUUUAUCGCUGUACAAAUAAGGCUGCAAAUGAUACUAACGUUUAA